UUUAUUCUGAAAAGAAAGAUCGAAAUAAAGAGGAGAAACAGCGCCUCCAUCGGACACGUUUGUGGUCGUUGGCGGUACUGCUGGCGGAAGUGCUCGCACCUGUUGAUGAGAAUAGGCGUCUUCCAGUUAGACUUCAGUUCCGUCUCAGAGCACCUGUCGCACCUGAAAACACCUGAGACUCUCGCGGAACUUGCUCGGAGAAGCGGCAGCUGUGUCCGGCGGACGGAGUGGGGUUUAUGGAUAAACUGAAGCGGGUCCUGAGCGGGCAGGAUGAAGGCAGUACGGACGGAGGCGGCAUUUUGGAGGCGUCCACGUUGGCGUGGGGCACCAGGAUGAAGGGCUUCAUCAUCUGCUUUGUUUUGGGAACACUGUUAUCCAUCUUGGGUACAUGUUUGCUGUGGAUCCCGGGCUUUGGACUUACUGUUUUCGCUGUCCUCUACAGUGUGGGAAACAUCAGCGCUCUGGCCAGCACCAUGUUCCUGAUGGGGCCACUGCGGCAAGUAAAGAAAAUGUGUGCUAAAGAGCGUGCGCUAGCGACCGUCAUCAUGCUGGUGUGCCUGGUGUUGACGUUGUGCGCUGCGUUCUGGUGGAAAAACAAGGGCCUUGCUCUGCUUUUCUGCAUUCUGCAGUUUCUGGCCUUCACCUGGUACGGCCUCUCUUACAUCCCCUUUGCUAGGGAUGCCGUCAUGAAGUUGUUCUCGCUCUGCAUCUGAAGGUAACCCGAUGAUUCACCAAUCCAUGCAUAGGAAACGGCGGGAUGCACGUGAACAUGUAAUAUUUUGUCAUUUGAAAAAUUCCAAAGCAGAUGACAUCAUCUGUUACACUUCUUUUGAUUCAUUUCAAUUCAACUUGUGGUGAAUUCCAAUCUGUAAUAUCGCCUUUAAUGUCAAUGUUUGUGCUUGUUAUCGCAUGUGUCUUAAUUACUGUACAUCGUUUUUAUGACUGCAGUUUAUUGUUUUAUGGUCCAAUUGUGUUUAAAAAUGCAAAACAAUAUUUGACUGUUUCAUCCAUUGACUGUAUAUGACAACUGGACUGAGUGCCCAUAGAAAAUAGCUUGCUUUCGGUUCCAACGAAAUUGAGUCAAUUCAGUCGGCUUUUUUUUUUUUACGAUACGGACAAAGCCAGAAACGAGCCAGAAGAUGUCAGUGAUUGGCACGAGUCAGUUUGAGCCAUCAUUUCCACGGCAACCACUCUCGCCAAUCACGAGCGCAGGGGCCCUUAAAAUUUGCUGGCACUCAGUGGCUGGAAGUGAAGUAGUCGCUGCCUAUUUUUUGAUGACAAACAAAAAAUUAAUUUAGUACCUCGCAGCAAAUAAUCCGUUUAUGCAGGUUUAGAAAUUAACACUCGCCAAUGGCCAGCAUGGCAAGUAAAUGUUUGUGCCAAAUUAGCUAGUUUAAAUGAGUUUAUUAGCCCUCCUUUUGGUGAAUUUCUUCAAAGCUCCUCCUCUGCUGUGCCAACGUGAGGUACGCAAUACGUGAACGCAACUCCUCCCCCCUCUAAAAUCAGCACCUCGCGCCUUUAGGGCCCAGGUGGUAGCCUCUUCCUUUCUCCUCAAUAUUCUCCAGCUGUAAAAACUUUUGGGCCCCCUGUGAGUGAGCUUGCUGGAACUUCCCACAUUUUGAAAGUUCGACGUUAGACCUCAUACUUUGAGGCAUCUCUUAGGUCGGUUUAUAAGUUGAAUAACCAACUUACACUACAGAAAAAAUAUCAUGAACAAAAUGAGGAUUAUCUAGAACACGUUAUAAAAGGUAUCAGAGCCAGAAUGGUUAUUCUGACGAAUAGAAUGACUGAGUAAUUGCUGUUUCGUUUUCUAUGGAAGUCUAUGGGAUUUUGGCUUCUUGGAACCAUCGGGUACUUCCUGUUUGGAACGUGACGGGGGAGUGGGUCACUCAGUCCAGUUCUCAUCUAAAGUCAAUAGCUUCAUUAGAAGGAAACUUGCUCUGUUCGUUCAACCGUUUUGUGAUGGAAACAGACUGACUGACUGAAGCUGGUAUAAAUAAUCUCAAAGUUGUUUUAUGACGAUGAAUCAUUUCCUCUUUGGUCUCAUUAUUUCAAAGGUCACUAAUCCAGCAGUCUGAUCGCUUUUUCAUGAACCUCACUUGUGCAGCUAUGUUCCAACUUAGUUCGGUUCUUGAACUGUGAUGGACUGUACUGUGAAGUUGUUGGCUGAGGCCGGCAGAGUCCUGCUUUCCUUUGGGAAGUUUAGUGUAAAUGGUUUCUUCUGCAGGUUAGCGUCUGACUCAAACAUUACAGGUAGGCAGAACUUAGAACUGUCUUUAUGACUAUUUUAAUGUUUUUUUGUUACUACAUAACUGAUGACGCAAUAAAGGGUUGGAUGGAUUUUGUCUGAACACCUAUUAAAAUGACUGUUAAACUAAAAACAAUAUUAUACAUGAAUGAUGUUUGUACCUGAAGCUGGUUUUUUUUGUUAUUUAUUUUCUGAGUUUCUUGAAUUUCCUGAGUUAUUUUACUAAAACUGUUUAGUUAGUACGUUUUAUUUGUAUAGUACCUUUGACAGAUAAAAUCUCAAAGCGCUGAACAGUAAAAACCAUGAAAUACAGUAAAAACACAUAAACAAUCAAUUAAAUAUGAUGUAAAACGAGACUAAAUUGAAGAAAAUAAACGUAGAAUAGAAAUAACAAUGAAACCAGUCGGGUAAAAGCAUUUUUGAAUAAAAGUGUCUUCAGUUGACUUUUAAAAGAAUCAACAGUGUCGGCCACAUGAAGGGACAGAGGGAGGGUUUGGGGGCUAUUGCCUGGAAAGACCGGCCACCUCUGGUUUUGUAUUUAGUCUAAAAAAUCUUUAAAAGAUUUUGAUCCGAGGAUCGGAGGGCACGGCCGGAAGCGUAGGGAUGCUCUAAAACAUUCUCACUCCCCUCCCUGUGUAUUUCUUUCUUCUUUUUUUUUUUGUUCUUUAUUGAAUCAAUAAUUUUAUCAUUUUUUUUAAAGCAGACAAUUUCAGCUCCAGUGUUUCACUAUUAUCCUGGUCACUCCCAAAGAGAACCUCAGCAUCUUCAUCUCUGCGACCUCCAGCUCUACUUCCUGUCUUUUCUGAAGUUCCACAGUCUCUAGGCAAAUCAGCAUGGCUGACCUCACCACAGUUUUCUACACUUUUCCUUUCAUUUGAACCAAAACUCUUCUAUUACACGUCACACUUUUCUCCACCCAUUCCAACCUGCCUCACUCGCUUGUUCUCUUCUGUUCCCCACUCUCCAUUCCUCUGGACUGUUGAGCCCUAGAUACUUCAAAUCCUUCACCUUCUUUAUCUUUUCUCCCUGUAACCUUAUUCUUCCACUUGGGUACCUCUCAUUCAUACAAAUGAAGUCUUUCUUACUGUGGCUAACCUUCAUUCAUCUCAUUUGAAGGGCAAACCUCCACCUCUCUAGCUUUUUCUUCUACCUGUACCCUGCUCCCACUACAAAUUAUAGUAUCGUCUGCAAACAUGGUGAUUCCUGUAUAACCUCAUCCGUCAGCCUGUCCAUCACCAUUGCAGACAGGAAGGGGCUCAAACCACUAAAGAAGGGAAUAUUUCACUUUGUUAAACGUGAUUUACUGGUAUGUUGCUAGCUGCUCAUAAGGAAAAAGAAGAGUUUACGUAACUGUAAAAAAAAAAAUCAAGACUAAAAACAAGUUGAGAAAAUGUGCUACAAAACUGAUUUAUUUAAAAGUCCUUUUUUGAUGGCACUUCAAAGCCAAUUUUUUUCAAACGUUUUACUCUGAAGAAUUAUUCAUUUACAAUUUGAGGUUUGACAUAAAAACAAAUCAUUUUAACACGAGAAAGAUAUGAAUAAUUUUAUUAACAAAAUCAAAAAGCUGUAUUAUUACGAAAUAAAGGGGAAUAACAAUCAAAAAAUCUUUUACAUGUUUUUGUGUAAUUCUACAGUGGUUGAAAUGUUUGUUUUCAUUCAUUUUCUGGGGUCAGUGCCUUAAUAAUUGAACAGAUUUACUGUACAUUUCAAGCUUGAAUUGAAAAUAGUUUCUUAUAAUAAAACACUACUAUUUGUCAGUCA